AUGUCACUAAACAACAGCGCCAUGAAAUCGCUAGAUAGCUCGCAGGAAAUACCUAGUACUAAAUCAAAUAAUGAAAUCAGCCAAGUUGAACCAAAGAUGUUUGGAAAUACCAUAAAUAAAAAGAAGUGCCUUAGUAAUGUUAAGUCAAAUUGCUCCGCAUUCAAUACCAAAAAGAAACAUUCAUCCACUUCCAAAAACCAAAAAGAACGAUCGAGCAAAAAGCUGAAGGAACUUUUUGGAGACGACCGGGAAGCUGUAAAACGUGAUAAAACUGGGAUACAAGAAAUAGAUACAGAAUUUAAAAAUGACGGUUUCAAAAAAGUUAGAUCGAGACAUAAGCGAAAGUCGGAAGAAUUUUUGAAAUUUGGAAGCGUCAAAAAAACGAAUAAUGACCUUGUACCCAAUAAGAAAAAGAAAAAUCAACGUAAGCGGGUUAAAAAUAAGGAAAGGAAUUUUCAGCAGAAUAUUAAUAAUAACAAUAAAAUUGGUCAGCUCACAGCACAAGACGAAACUCAAAUUUUACCUAAUCAACAUUCUGAAGAAGCGAAGUCCGAUCAUGGGAUGGAUAAUGCUAAUUAUAAUACUAAUGAAGCCAGUAAGUUUGAUACCGAUGCCAUUCAAAUUUUAAAUGUUUUCUCGGUCAGUCAAGGCGAGAAUGUUGACACAAAUAAAAAGACAAAUUUAGAAACUUCAGAACCAGCCAAUUUAACGCAGCCUAUAGGCCUGAGUAUGCCGAUUUUAGACGAAACAAUAGAGUGUGAAGAUAAUAGUAUUACAUCGAAUGAAGAACAAGAAACGACUCGUAAUUCAAAAUUGGAUAUAAACAGGAAUGAAGAAAUUACUAUUGACUCUAAUUUAUCUAGUGAUAAGAAUAGUAGAAGUGAACCAAAGAGAAAGCCAAAAUGCCAGUACUCCCUAAGAAAAAAUGAUUUGGAAAAUAAAGUGAAAAAUAUGCCAGUGUCAGCUAGUUCCAUAACGAAUUUAUCGGAUCAAGAAGCAUCAAUUUCUUCGAAGGUAAAUUUAGAUUACAAGUUAAAAAAUACCUAUGUGAUACCACCGCAAGCAGCUGCUGAAAUAUUACCAGAAUUAUUCCAAAUAGUCCGCAAAGUAAUCAGCAAUUAUCGCCUGUAA